AAACAGAAAAUAUCGUUUGCUGACCAUCAUUGUUGGCUGUAAGGAAUAUCAAGCUGACAGAAAAGCAUGACGGGUGCUUUAAAGGUUUUCCUCCUUCUACUUCAAGGUCGCUUAUACGUGACGUUUGAAAUCACCAUGCCUCUGAGAAUAGAUGGACUAACUGGAUCCUGUGUGAAGGUCCCCUGCACUUUCGACUUCAACUCAAAGUUUGAUGGAGAUCUGGAUAAUUCUUGCAAAGCAAUUUGGAUCAGAGGAAGCACGUCCGGAACAUUUGUGUUUGAUUCCGACCUCACUGGAGAUCAGGCAAGCGGAAACAUCACAGGGAACCUGCAGAACAAGGAGUGCACCACCAUCUUCUACAACAUGCCACUGUCCCAUUCUGACAACUACUACUUCAGGAUUCAGUGUAAUAACAGUCUGAUUGCCACCUAUCCAACAGGAGUCCGUAUCACCACUCAAAAUUCACUGGACCAACCUACCAUAACUCCAUCUACACUGGAGGUAGAGGAGGGGGCUCUGGUGACGUUGAACUGCAUGGCUGUAGCUCCGUGUCCCAUCCUUCCCCCAGAUCUGACUUGGACCCCCAGGAUAGGUGACAUUGAGGAGAAACAUGAAUCUGAAUCCAUGGUCUCUGUUAUGAACUUCACCUCUUCUUACCUCCACAAUGGACAGAAUCUUUCAUGCACCGCUCUCUACAAACCACAAGCUGGCAACACCGACCUUCGGUUUGAAAAGUUUAUGACCCUCCAUGUUCUUUAUCCUCCAAAGAACACAUCAGUCAGCUACUCUGCUACAGCAAAAGAGGGCAGCUUGGUGAAUCUGACCUGCAACGUCAAUGCCAAUCCAGCUGUUUACACUUGGUACAAAGUGAAUGGGUCUGAUGUGGGUUCGGGGAAAAGGUUUUCCACCACUGUCUCAGAAGUUGACAGACACUUUUACUGUAAAGUCAGUAACAGAUACGGAACCCAGAACUCAUCCAUCACUCAGAUAGACGUACGAUUUCCUCCCAAGGAAACUACAAUAAUCAUUGAGCCUAGAGGUCCACUUUUGGAGGGCAGCUCUGUUUCUCUGCUUUGUAAAAGCCGGGCCAACCCACCUGUAACCAACUACACCUGGUACAAAGGUGAUGAAGAGGAAAAGGAGGCUGGAUCAAGUUUGGUUUUAAACGAUGUCAAACCAAGCAGCAGUGGUGACUACUACUGUGCGGCAAUAAAUGAGCAUGGGGACCAAAAUUCAACACUGAUUCGGCUGGACAUUCAGUAUCUCCCUAAGAACACCUCGGUGUCUGUUGACCCCUCUGGUCCGGUGCAGGACGGCAGCUCUGUAACUCUGACCUGCACAAGCAUCGCCAAUCCAGCAGCAGUGAAUUUCACCUGGUUCAGAGCGGCUGGAAUAGAGGUGAAGGUGAUGGGCUCUGAGAGAGACCUCACCUUCAAUGUGACCAAACUCUCAGAAGAUCAGUAUUACUGUGAAGCUCUGAAUGUCCACGGACCUGGCACCUCAGAGCGUGUCAGCUUUGACGUCACAUUUCCUCCAGAGAUCCUGUCUUCUUCCCGUUGCAUCAAGAUUUCAUCCAUGAUCCGAUGUUCCUGCUACAGCCAGGGGAACCCGCCUCCCUCCCUGGUUUGGAAGUUGGCCGGAGAGCCUGUCACUCACUCUGCUGCCAUCCCAAUCAGGGAAGAGUCCCUGGGGAACGUGGGCAUGAAGAGCAUCAUCACCCUGUACGAUCUGGACGAAGAUGCGCUCUCUCUAGUCUGCCUCAGCAUCAACUCACUGGGUUCUGACAGUUUUGCUUUUAACAUGUCGCUUAGCAAAGGCCUCCACUCUUUGUCUUUUGGGAUCGGUUUUGCAGUGGCAGCUCUGGGCAUGCUGCUGGUGUGUGUACUGCGGCUGCUAAUCUACUACCGGAAAGGAAAGGUCAUCUCUUCCUCGGACAAGGGAAAGGCGGAGACAUGCAACCCUGUAGAUACUAAUGAGGUCGUCUUGACCAUGUCUACAUCCCAAAUGCUUUGAGUUGCUGCCUUGUAAUUGGCUGAUUAGAUAUUUGUGUUACAAAGCAGUUGAACAGGUGUAACUAAUACAUUGGCCAGUGAGUGGAACCUUUUAUUCUGCUUCUGGGAAGGUAAUGACAGAACUUAGCGGGAGUAAAAAAAAGAAGAUUGAAAUGAACUAUUGUUA